AAGAAAAGCGGAUUGGUAUUCGGGUUCAGGGCAAUAAAGACCACUGGUACUAGGAGAAUUGCCAAAAGUUUGAAAGCGUAAACCCUAGUUUAUGUUCCCGGCUUUUUUCCGCUUCGGAAUCGCCGCCUUUCCCGAUGGAAGAGUGGACCGCCAAUUUGGACAAAGAGGUUCUUGUAGAACUUGUCAAGAUCGCCCAGAAAAGAGGAAUGCAGGGUAGUAAAGGGAGUUGGAAGGAGUUUUUAAGCGUUUAUGACAAAAAGUUUGGGUCUAGCUUGAGUGAUCCAGCAAGGAGGUCCACUGAUGCACUGGCUGCUUUUUUGAAGACUUUUAGCCAAGAUGAUUUAAAGUUUUUUGAUAAAGUAAUUCAAUGCCAUUCCAACCGCAGCACAGUAGAGCAAUUCAAAGAGAAUUCUUCAGAAGUUGAAUCCCCCGAGCAGGGGCUGGUUCGUUUAACUCUUGAACAUUCACAAUACCCAUUAGAUUAUUCAUUGCCGUCACACAAGGAGGGGUGGUUGGUAAUAAAGUGCAGUAAGAAAAAGAAGACAAUGAGAUCAACUGCAAUGGUUGCCAUUGAUUGUGAGAUGGUUCUCUGUGAAGAUGGGACAGAAGCUCUGGUGAGAGUUUGUGUUGUUGAUCGCAAUCUGCAGGUGAAAGUUAAUGAACUUGUAAAUCCAAAUAAAGCAGUUGCAGACUAUAGGAGUGAGAUCACUGGGCUCACUGCAAAAGACUUGGAUGGAGUUACUUGUUCAUUGUCUGAUGUACAGAAAUCAGUGAAGAAGCUUUUAUCUCAUGGAACAAUACUGGUUGGCCAUGGUUUGAACAAUGAUCUGCUUGCAUUAAAGAUAGAUCAUGCAAGAGUGAUUGACACUGCUUUUAUCUUCAAACAUGGAGAUGGCACUAAUUUCAGAAGGCCUUCUUUGAACAACCUGUGCAAGGCUGUGCUAGGAUAUGAAGUCAGGAGCAAAGGUGCUCCUCACAAUUGUCUAGAUGAUGCUUGUGCUGCUAUGAAACUUGUUUUGGCCAAGAUAGAGUCUGGAUUUGAUGAUGUUAUACCAUUGGUUCAUGAGAGUGUGCCUGAUAUGGAAUUGUCAAAACUACUUCUCCAUAGGAUUCCAGUCAAUGUGCCCAGUGAAGAAUUGCAUAAGAUUAUUCCUGGAGACUUUUUAAUUGAGAUCAAGCCCCAGAAAAAAGCUCGAGGAGGCACCUACUCUGCAUUUGCAAUCUUUAAGAAUCAUCAAGAGGCGAAUCAAUCAUUUGAAAAUAUUAGUGAAUGCCCGGAAAAGGACUCUUCUGGACUACCACAGAAAUGUAUUUCAUUCCACCUUCAGUCAGGAGUUACCGGGAGCUUAUAUGUUCGUAAAAUGGCACGUGAUAAUUUUCUCGUCCAAGUCCCCUCAAGGAAAAGAGCAUCCCAAGUUGAGGAGACUGCAAAAGAGUCCAAGAAGCUGAAAUCUGAUGACGUAGUUGGUGAGCAGACUAAAGCAGGGUCAAAUCCUUGUGAUGGUCACCUGAAGGAAAUUGAGAGAUUGAAGCACGAACUGAAGCUAAGGGAUGAGGAAAUCUCCAACUUGAACAAGCUCGUGGUUGCUCUUACAAGGAAACAAGGGCUCUAAUCAAACAUCUUGUCUACAGUAUUUCUAUGUUGGUUGAGUUACGCAGAACAGCAUGUCAUGUUUUAUUGACAACAGAGAGAUCCUGCAAAGAAUUGGCUGGAGACCAGUAGAGUUUUGAUAUGCUGCUGCGGAAUUCUGAAUGAGAUGUGGAGUGCUGGGGCACGAUUUUGUGGGCUGACUUUUAACUUUUGUGGCACGGCAUCAUUAGGAGAAUUUGUUGGUGUACUUUUUUGUGCUGAUAGAGUGAGGCUUAUUGCACCACCAACCAUCGCAUCAUUAAUUAUUAAUAUUUUUGACC